GAGGGGAGGUUUGUUUUUUUGGCGGGAAAGACGAUGGCGGCCGAGGGCGACGAGUCGCGGAUGGAGCUGGAGCAGCGUCUGCGUGCCGCCGUGCACUACACGGUGGAACGCGUGCUGGAGGAGGAGGGGGAAAACGCCGGCCUCAGCUUCAACCGCCAGGUGGUGGCCGCCAUCGCUGAGACCACCUUCCACCAGUGCAGUCUUUUUGCUCUGGACCUGGAGGCCUUUGCUAAGCACGGCAAGCGCACCACGGUCAACUGUGAUGACGUGAAGCUGCUGGCUCGGCGGAGCAAACCACUGAAUCGCUUUGUGGCUGAGGCGAGCUCCACUCUCUCCGAUGAGCGCCAGCAUCGUCGUGCCCAAGCCAAGGGUGAUUCCUCACGGCGCCGGAAAAGUAAAGAGACUGGGGCUGGUGCGGCCGAGUCGGAGGGUGACAGCGCAUAGCCAUGUUACCAGCACACCACACCUGUCGGUGCAUAGCUGUGUAAGCAGUCAGCAGUACACCACAACUGUCGACACACAACUAGCCGUGUCACCGACACACACAGGUGGGUCAGCGCAUAGCUGUGUCACCAGCACACAGCUGUCAGCACAUAGGCGUGUCAACAGCACACCACAGCAGUCAGCACAUAGGCGUGUCAACAGCACACCACAGCUGUUGUCGCAUAGCUGUGUCAGCACAAAGCAGUGUCAGCAGCACACCACAGCUGUCAACACAAAGCUGUGUCUACACAAAGCUCUAACAGCGCACAGAGCUGUCCUUAACACGUCGCUCCCGUCCCCGUAUAGCAACACCACUUUCCUCUACUCACUGUUGUCCUCUGCGAAAUACGUGCACCUGUUUGUCGUUAGUAUCUAGCCAGUGACCUGUCUGUGAUGGUGUUGAGUGACAUGUGAUGUAAAUUGAUUAGCAUUGUCGCAAAGCUGCUUAACGCUUUACAACUAUGGUUGUGGGUGUUUACGGAUAUUGGCUCUGUCUGUCGGAACAUUCAUCUGUCUGGUGAUAAUUGAGAGUGAAGUUGUGUUGUGUGAACUUGCCCUGAUAGAAAACUAGCCAAAUUGAUGAAGGGGUUGCCAAAUCCUGCAGACAAAAACCAGUGCUGAAAGGCACUGGUUACAUCCCAGUCCUGCCGACCGGGGUCCACAUGCCCCCUCUCCCGGCAGAGCUGCUCUCCGAGCCUCGUCACAUCACACCGCCAUCUACGUAUAUACCGGUUCCUGCGUGCCUCGUGUGAAUGCUACCGUUAUUAUCGCUGAUUUAAUACUUGUGAGAAUCAACACGUGUUGGAAAGCCUUGCAUGGCCCACGCGUAUGUAUAAUUUUUCUUUGUCCAUUGUAAAAUGCAUGUAGUUUACAAAUAAACGCCUGUACACAGCUCUUGUGGGUGGCUUGCCCGUGGUGGUGAAGCUGCCAAUGGUGGUUGUGGGAGUGGUGGUUGUGA